CCCGGCUCGACAGCAGCACAGUGUCGGUGGUGAUUUGAAAACUGGUAUGGAUUUCAUACUUAGAGCAAUUGUAUGUUGUUGUGCUAAACCUUCAACCCCCCCACCAACCCCCACACCAACCCAACCACGAACCCCCAGAGGUGCAGCUUGUGAACAGGCAAGGCAGACAACUGCUUGGGGCCCUGAGCCGAUAGGGGCUGUUUUUACUGAAAUACACUGGUUGGAAGUGCAACCUGGGAAUUUUUGCUUAGGGCCCCAACAGACUCUAGAAUUGCCUCUGCAAACCCGACCACCAACCCUACCACCACCACCUCCUACUUUUAGGAGGCCAUGGAGGGAAAUACCAUGGAGAGACAAAGACACAGAGCUGCAGUACGUGAGGAAUUACAAACCCAAUAGACAUGAUGUCCAGCAUCUGAGAAUGCUGGUUCAUGGUCCAGUUGGAGCUGGAAAAUCCAGUUUCAUCAACUCUGUCGACAGUGUCCUACGAGGCAGAAUCGCAGGCAGAGCUUUGGCUGCGGCAGAAGUUACUACAAGUUUCACCAAGAAGUACAAAACCUACAAAAUCCCAAAAGGACAGCCCGGAGAAUUUUACCCUUUUGUCCUCAAUGACACUAUGGGUCUUGAGAUGAAGGAGGACAGAGGAGUCCAUGCAGAAGACAUCAAACUGGCCUUGAAGGGACAUGUGAGAGAUGGUUACACGUUCAAUCCUGCAUCUAAGCUGUCAUCUGACAAUCUGUAUUACAACGCAGAACCAACUAAGAAUGACAAAGUUCAUGUUCUGGUGUGUGUUGUGCCUGCCGACAAAGUGGCUCUAAUGACUAAAGAUGAUGUGAGGAAGAUGACGGACAUCAGAAGGGCGGCCAGUGAGCUGGGAAUUCCCCAGCUGGCCGUCAUCACCAAAAUUGAUUUAGCCUGCCCAGAGAUCCACAAAGAUCUGAAGAAUGUCUAUAAGAGCAAGUACCUGAAGGACAAAAUGCAGAAAUUCAGUGAUUUUGCUGGAAUUCCAAUGAACUGCAUCUUUCCUGUGAAAAACUACAGUGAAGAAAGCGACAUAAAGAAUGAUGUAGAUUCUCUGAUUCUGAGCGUCCUGAGACGGAUCAUCGACUUUGGAGAAGACUUCAUCAGCGACAUGGAAACCUAAGUCACUUUCAUUUGGCUUUCAGAGAUGUUCAUGGCAUUAAAGAAACAACAUAAUCCUGCUGACAUGAAUGAAUGGAUUUCCUAACAAAAUGAACUCAAAAAUAUUUUUAUAACAAGAUUCUACAUGUUGAAGGUACGAUCAUUUUAGCUCGUCUGCAUUUUUAUUGACUGUAGUGACUGCAGCAGCUUCGUCAUGUGUUUCAUGAGAUUCUUUUUGUGAAAAUAUGUAAAAACUUACAUUUUGGCUCAUCUUGCAAUAGCAGGUAAACUGAGAAAAGCUACCAGCCACAAAUAUAUAGCAAUCAUAAAAUUGCUUUACAUAUUAUUUACAGGCUGUGCUUUGAGC